UCCAAUAGAAUAGAACUCAUCGUCCAAAUGUGAAAAAGGAAUAUUACUCUUCUAUGCGACGUUCCUAAUUCCAAACAGUUUUCUUGUUACAACUAACUGAAUCCAAUUCAAACUAUUCAUUUCAAUUUCAACCCUAAUCCUUAGGGUUUUACAACUCUCUCCCUUUCCAUCUCCGAUUUUGGUUUCAAGAUUCUCCCUUUCACCUUCCCGCUCUGCGUUCUCCGCACUCCACUGUCGUUUUCGGAAUUAAUCUUGAUUUUCAUCAGAUCUUUGAGAUCUACAUAAUCUAGUUGGUACAAUUUCCAUUUUGAAGAAUCAAUUUAAUGUCUGAGUCAGAAGCUCAGUCUCCGACCAGCUUUGUUUCCGAUGUUCUACUGUGGAAGCGGUGGAAAGUUUCGUUCGCUGCCAUUGUUGUUUCUACGGUUGCCUGGCUCCUAUUCGAGUGGACUGAUUUACCAUUCUUAACAAUUUGUUCAGAUGUCUUGCUGCUUUUGAUCGUACUAUUGUUUCUGCAUUCUAACUAUGCCACACUUAGAAAUAGACAACCACCAACAUUACCGGAGCUAGUAGUGUCAGAGGAGAUGGUUAGCAACGUUGCUGCUUCAUUUCGGGUGAAAAUCAAUAAUGUGCUUCUUAUAGCUCACGACAUCACUAUUGGCAAAGAUUUUAGAGUUUUUUUUAAAGUGGUGAUUUGUUUGUGGCUCUUGUCUGUCAUUGGCAGCAUCUUCUCCUUCUUCACAAUCGCCUAUAUUGGAACCCUCAUGAUGAUUACUAUCCCUGCAUUGUACAGAAAAUAUGGAGAUUAUGUAGAUAAGUGUUGCGGAGUUAUCAACCACCAAUUUUCAAAACAUUAUAGAAUUGUUGACGAGAAUGUUUUCAACAGACUGCCUCAUAAUAUACCGAAAGACAAAGAUUCUUGAACAUCAUCUGUGAAAAUCAACUACUCAAUCUUAUUGAUAGGCAAGUCUAAACUAGCACUUCGAAUCAUACAUGCAGGAGACAAUUUUGUAGUUCUGAUGC